AUUGUAAACUACGACAGUGUUGUUCUGCGAAAACACAAGAAAAGUUUGACGCAUCCAUUCAAGGGCUCAAAAAGCGCAUACAAAAGUGUUUUGGUAAUUUUAAGUUAUUAUAUUAUUAUUAUUUAACAGUUAUUCUACGAACUCAAGUCGAAUAUGAGCUUAUCGGCUAUCGCUCAUAUUCGACUCGAGUUCGUAGAAUAACCGUUAAUUAUUAUAUACACAAGGUCUGAAUUCACAGACUUUGCUUUUCGAAUAUUUUCAAUAUUUUUCUAUUUUGUUUAUGUUUUUAUCUUCGCUCUUUCGGCCGAUUAUUUUUUCAAAAAUAUAUAUUUUCAACCAUUUUAAAUAUUAAAAAUUUAUUUGCUAACCUGAAAACAAUUUGUGGGAGUUUUUUCAUUGUGUUUUUAAUCCUGUGAAGGCAAUAAAAAGCGACAACUUGCCGUUUUCUCGUUUGCAAAACAUCGUAAAUUCAGUUUGGCCGCCAUUUUGUUUUUCUCUACUAGCAGGAUAUGAGCUAAUAUCCUGCUAGUAGAGAACCAAUCAGAUUGCAGAAUACCUCAUAUCCAGACCUUGUGUAUAUAUAUAAUAAUAUACAUUAUUCAGUGCUUUUCAGUGACUGAUUACGUCGAGUACUGGACUAUCUGUCUUUGUAACAACUUUGUGUUUAUCCUAACCCACCCUGUCAACUUUCCCUGUGGGAGGAAACCGGAGCACCCGAAGAAAACUCACGACUUUCGGCAGAGCGUUGACUCACUCUUUUCACACGAAUCCGUAGCGAGAAUCAAACCCACGAUCUCACAGGUGAAAGGCGCUUGCUCUGACGCCUGCGCCACCGAAAAAGCCCCACUAUCUUUCCAGGUGAUCUCGUGUUCGUAUUUUAGCCAAUCAGCGCUCAGAAAGGGUUGUCCUAAUAGAAAUCCAUUUUGAUGUAUUCAGUCAAUUAUAUCUUUCGUUAUUCUUUAUGAAACUAGUUGAAAUUUUGUAAUUAUGUUUGGUUAUGAGAACUAUAGCUCUGACAAAAAUAUGGAAUCGAAAUAAAGUAUAUUACAGGAGAUAUUCAGUUGUUUUAAUCAUAAAAUGGAUUUCUAUUUGACAACUAGUGCCAGUACUUUUCCGCGUAUCAAGAUCAUCUGGUUGUAAUCAUGACGAUAUUUGUAAUAUGAAAAGACAGACUAGCUCGUUUUGUUCUCUAUCAAUGGUUGCUAGACGCAAUGAAUGUUGUUGAAUGCUUUUGUACAUGGAAAUUUCUUUCCACUGCCAAUUUUAUACAUUUUUAGACUUAACCAGGGGCAGUUCCCCAAUUAACCAAAAUUUUGAACUCAACAAGUCUAGACAAAAAUUUCACCACAGCUUGAAAGAGCAUCACAAAAUUAGUAAUAUUCCACAUAAUAUUUCGUUGCAAAAUGUUGUAAAAUGCGGAUAAUAUAUAGCCUUGCGAAGUUUGCAAUUUUCAGUCAUUUAAUGUAGAUUACAAACGGGAAAUGGUUACCAGUUCUGUGCGUAAUACAAAAUGACUGAAAAUUACAAACUUCGCAAGGCUAUAUUAUAUUAUCCGCAUUUUACAACAUUUUGCAACGAAACUUUGGAAUAUUACUAAUUUUGUGAUACUCUUCCAAGCUGUGAUGAAAUUUUUGUUUAGGCUAGUUAAAAUCCAUCUUUCAGGCUAUGAUGUUGUUAGGCUAGACCGUAAGGUUAAUGGUAGAAAUGGUGGUGGUGUUUGUAUGUAUAUACGAAGUAAUCUAAACUUUCGAAUUCGUGAAGAUCUGGCAUGUAAUGAUCUUGAAAUCCUAAUAAUCGAAAUUUCUAAUCCUCGUUCAAAGCCGUUUUUGGUGGGUACUUGGUAUAGACCUCCAAGCUCGUCCCAACAAUUAUUUACUUCAUUCGAGGAAAUUAUCGAUAAGAUAGAUGCUGAGAAUUCCGAACUGUAUUUACUUGGAGAUUUGAAUUGUAACCUAUUGUCAAACACACCAAAUUCCAACACGUCUGAGCUUUUGAAUAUAUUUGAUAUUUACAAUCUUUCACAGACAAUUUCUGAACCUACAAGAAUAACUAAUACCUCACAAACAUUAAUCGAUCUAUGUAUUACCAAUAAUCUUGAUAAAGUAAAAGCUUCCGGUGUUCUUUCUCCUGGUAUAAGUGAUCAUUCUCUGGUAUACCUUAUUCGGAAAUAUACAUAUCAUAAGGCACCGGUAAAUACUUUUGUUGAAAAGAGAAAUUUCAGAAACUUCAAUGAACAUGCAUAUUUGAAUGAUUUAAAUAAUCUAAAUUGGGAGCAGGUUUGUCUGCAUAACGACCCUAAUGAUAUGUGGACUGAAUGGUUGAAUUUGUUUAUGUCUGUGAUUGAUAAACAUGCCCCACUUAAAAAGAAACGUAUAGGGAAACGAUAGUCUCCCUGGAUUACUUCACAUGUAGUUCAGAAAAUUCGCGAAAGAGAUUAUCUAAAAAGGCAAUUCGAUAUUUCACGUGACGAUGAAAUUUGGUUACAAUAUAAGAAAGCUCGAAAUGAAACUAACAACACUAUUAGGCAGGCUAAACAUAACUACUUUAUCACUAAUAUUGAGGCUGCACGAAAAGAUCCAAGGAAAACUUGGAGGCUAGUCAACGAUCUGAACUCUCGUAAAGUGAGUGAUGUAACCAGUGUCAAGAAAGUCAAUCUUGACGGUAAUGAAAUCACUAAUGCGGCUGAAAUUUCGGAUGCCUUUAAUUCAUAUUUCACCUCGAUAGGAGAGAAACUUGCGAACAAAAUACCUAGCUCGAAUGUUAAUCCCGUUUCUUAUAUUCAAUCCACACAUAGUGUUUUUUCUUUCGAGGAAAUUGGUUUGUCCACUGUAAAUUGUUUGCUAAAAACGAUUAAUGCUAACAAAGCGACCGGCCAUGAUAAAAUCCCAGGUAGAUUAUUGAAAAUAGCCGCUGAUAUUCUUUCCCCCUCGUUAACCAGAAUUUUUAAUAGAUCGCUUUCUAUGGGGAUUUAUCCGACUGAUUGGAAAAUGGCAAAAGUCUUACCGUUAUUCAAAAAUGGCGAAAAAUGUGAUCUAAGUAAUUAUCGUCCAAUUUCAAUUAUAUCGGCGGUUGCCAAAGUUUUUGGUAGAACCGUUUAUGACCAAUUUUACUCCUAUCUGACAAGUUACAACUUACUGUCGAACUAUCAGUCAGGGUUUCGAGCAUCAUAUAGUACCGUUACAGCUUUAUUAGAGUCGAGUAAUAACUGGUGCGUAAAUAUUGAUAAGGGUUUGCUUAACGGAGUGAUCUUCAUUGACCUAAAGAAAGCUUUCGAUACAAUUGAUCACGAAAUUCUUAUACGUAAACUCAAGUGUUAUGGUGUGGAUGACAAUGCGCUAUCGUGGUUUAAUUCCUAUUUAAACAAUCGAAAACAGAAAUGCUACGUAAAUGGCAAACUCUCUGGUAGUCGUUCUAUCUCCCAUGGAGUUCCACAAGGCUCUAUUAUUGGCCCACUUCUGUUUUUGAUCUAUAUCAAUUACUUGCCUAACUGCUUGAACGAGGGUUUACCUAGAAUGUAUGCUGAUGAUACGAACAUCAGCAUGCAAAGUAAUAAUCUUUCUGAGCUAGAAAAUCUUAUGAAUGCUGAAAUAGCCAAUUUAAACACAUGGCUAGAGGCAAAUAAGUUAAGUUUAAAUAUUGCCAAGACUGAAUUUAUGAUUAUUUGAUCUCGUCAAAGACUUUCAACCUUUGAUAAUCAGAAUGUGGAAGUAUGUGUUAACAAUAAACAGAUUAAUAGAGUGCUGAAGUCUAAGUCAUUAGGUUUAACAAUUGAUGAGAACUUGACUUGGAAAUAUCAUGUUGAUAAUAUCACCAAAAAAGUCUCUUCGGGUAUCGGCGCUUUCAAACGAAUGAGAGAUUUUAUUACCACAGAAACUGCAAUUCGAGUUUACCAAAGUUUGGUGGAGCCCUAUUUUUCCUAUUGUGCCCCUGUUUGGGAUGGCCUAGGUAAAAAGCAAAGCGAAAAAUUACAAAAAUUACAGAAUAGGGCCGCCCGUGUUAUUACCCGUUCAUCUUAUGAUAUUUCAUCAAGUUCUCUUCUUGAAGAACUUAAUUGGGAAUCAUUGUCCACUAAGCGAUUAAAGCAAAAGGCAAUCCUCAUGUUUAAUACUAUUAAUAAACAUACACCCUUCUAUUUACAAGAGAUGUUUUCUCCCAGUGAGAGUGUUUAUAACCUGAGAGAUUCUUAUGGUAAACUUUAUGUCCCAAAACCACGCACAGAUUAUUUGAAACGCUCCUUCAGUUACAGUGGAGCCUCUUUAUGGAAUGGCUUGCCAGAAUCUCUUAGAUCAGUAACCUCUCUCGCUGCAUUUAAGACAGGUUUAGAAGCCUUCUUAAUAAAUAAUCGAUCUGACUCCCACACGGCAAUCAGGUAGAACAGUAUCUAUAUUUCUUUUUGCUCCUUUUAAAAUAUUUUAAUAGUUUUGUAAAUAACUAUACUGAUGAUUUUCCGUGUUUAAAUAAAGUUGAUGUAUGUAUGUAUGUAUGUAUCAAAAUUUUGGAAAAGUGGUAACCAUUUCCCGUUUGUAAUCUAAAAUGACUGAAAAACGGCAAACUUCGCAAGGCUAUAUUAUCCGCAUUUUACAACAUUUCGCAACGAAACUUUGGGAUAUUACCAAUUUUGUGAUGCUCUUUCAUGCUAUGAUGGAAUUAUGUCUAGACUUGUUGAGAUCAAAAUUUUGGUUAAAUUGGGGAAUGGUCCAUUGCACUCUGUAUGAACAUAUUAUUAUAUGACAACCGAUUUAAUGCACCACGUGUCUCUUACCGCGUCGACGAAAUUAGGCUCCACACGCACGGUAUUUUUUUUGGACGACCAGUUUGGUCACCAUGGAUUAAACCCUGCUCAUAUACCAUUCCAUAAAUUGGCUUAUGUACUAUUUAAAACACGAGUAGGAGUGCUUUAUCAGAUAUAAAACACGAGAGCGCAGCUCGAAUGUGAUAUAUCAGGAUAUAUCUGAUAAAGCACGGGAUGCGAGUGUUUUAAAUGGCUUAAAAAACGACCCAUUUGAUGAGUUCAUUGGCGAAGUAAUUUUAAAAAUAAAUGUGUUGGUGUUGCGUACUCAGUUGAAUAUGUUUGUGAUGUUACUCUGAGUGUUUGAAAAAUAUGCCUGGCCACGGUGGGAAUCGAACCUACGACCUUUGGAAUACUAGCCCAAUGCUCUGCCAACUGAGCUACGCGGUCAGGACGGUUCGAGUAGGUGAUAUUUCAGAACUGAAUUCUGAAAUAUCACAUACUCGAUAGACUCUAUGUGGUAUUUCAGAACUGAGUUCUUAGUCUAGAUAAGGUACUCAGUUCUUAGUCUAGAUAAGGUACUCAGAUCACAUACUCGAACCGACCUGACCACGUAGCUCAGUUGGCAGAGCAUUGGGCUAGUAUUCCAAAGGUCGUAGGUUCGAUUCCCACCGUGGCCAGGCAUAUUUUUCAAGCUCGCCCGGUGUGGAUAUACACUCAGAGUAACAUCACAAACAUCAUAUUCACCCGAGUACAUUACACCAACACAGAAAAAUCAUGAUUAUUAGAUUACAUUGAUAUCGAAGGAACUAGAUUCUGUUCCGAAAUAUCACAUACUCGAACCGACCUGACCGCGUAGCUCAGUUGGCAGAGCAUUGGGCUAGUAUUCCAAAGGUCGUAGGUUCGAUUCCCACCGUGGCCAGGCAUAUUUUUCAAGCUUGCCCGGUGUGGAUACACACUCAGAGUAACAUCACAAACAUUAAAAAUAAAUGUUGUCUAAGCCGAGAAAAUCAAAGCUAAAGUUUAUGUAAAUGAACAUGAUUUUUUAUCACAUAUAAAACCACCGAAAAAAACUGAUUUAAUUCCUCUGUCUUUUCCUUGACAUUUUCUAAUCUUAUUUAUUCUACAUUUCUUUCAGGGAAGCGAGCCUACAUUUACCCACUACGAAUGCAACGAAGACUUUCCUAAAAUGCUUGGAUCUGAGUUUAUGCGAGAUACGCUGGAUUACAUUUGGUACUCGUCGGAUUGCUUGCAAGUGAAUGGCGCCCUAGAGAUGGUGAAUGAAGAUCUGAUCAAGCCCCAUCACGCAUGCCCUAACCACGUGUUUCCAUCAGAUCAUUUAUCACUGAAAGCAUGCUUUCAGUUUCCUGAAAAACCAGAAAGUGCCUGA